AUGGAUUAUCCUACUGACAAACAUUAUGCUGCAACUGGAAGAAUUCUGAGAUAUCUUAAAAAGUCACAUGGGCAAGGAUUAUUCUUUCCCGCAUCUAAUGAUCUCAAGUUGAAAGCAUUUGCAGACUCUGAUUGGGCAACUUGCUCUGACAGUAGGAAGUCUAUAAUUGGUUUUUGUACUUUUCUGGGAAACUCCUUAAUAUCCUGGAAAACCGAAAAGCAAGCAACUGUAUCAAAAUCUAGCACAGAGGCAGAAUAUAGGGCAUUGGCAAAUGUCGCAUGUGAGAUUCAAUGGCUUUCCUACUUACUGCAAAAACAACAAAUUGACGACUUCUUCACAAAGCCUCUACCUACUGCUCAGUUUCAUAAUUUCAUCAACAAGAUGGAUUGUAUACAAUUUUUCUUAAAACGAAGAAGGAAGGGAGGACAUCCGCGGUAUGCGCGAGCAGAGAAGGAGGAAGUGGUGGCGGCGGCGGCAAGUAGAGGGCAGCGGCGGCGAGUAAAGGGUCGUGGUGGUGAGUUUGUAAGGUGGAUAUUGAUGUUAAUGAUGGGUGUUAAUGGAAGAAAAGAAGAGGAAAAAUUAGGGUUUUAA